GUAUUUUAAAGAGUACGAUAAGCUAACUUAUAUUUUGGAUUUUUGAGAGCGCCUCGUACCUUGGAUUUCAUGCGUAUGCUUGUCGAAUGAGCAACCAUUUGAUGAUUAAAAUUCAGGGCUGUUGCUCCGAAGAUUCUAGGAUGUUUGUCAGUUUGCCUUGUGAAUGUGUUCUCUGGAGGUGUCGUUAACCUUUAGCCUGCUGGCGGCAAGUGAUUCUGCCUUUGCGACCAGUGCAGACCAAGAUCGGCCUGCACAUCCGUGCAAUCUGACCAUGGUUUGCACUGUUUGCUAUUCGGUCAGUAAAUUUUCAGUGAACACCCCUUCGAAUAAAAAAUGAUCGUGUUUAAAUUGAAUGAUGGACCAGUCCAUUUUAGAAAUUUAGCAGGCUAAAGGUUAAAACAGAAGUUAAACUGUACAUAUGCAGUAUGAUAGCAUAUGCUUGAAUUACCUCUCAGCAUGACGGGUACGAUUCAAACACCAGUGAAAAAGAUUGCACUAACUUUGUAUUAAAACGGAUAUAUUUAAUAUAACGAUAUUAACAAAAUGUUAGUUGCAAAUGGAAAUGAUGGCAUUAUUACAUUACAUUAGAGCACAUGAAGACGAGAUCUCCUGGGAUAAAUUAACAGAAAUUCUGGUGUCUGCUGACGGUAUCAUGUCAUUCCGAAGUCAGUGAACUAUACCAUAUUCUGAAAAUUGUAAUAGACAUAAUGAUAUCUGCAAAACCUGUGUAGGGUUAAUUGGUUAUAGGAAGCCAAAUGGAGUGACUUUCAAGUUUUUCAAAACUGUGGAUACCUGUACAGAAGAGCCCUGCUGUCAGGCUUGUGAUUUUGAGGAAAACUUUUUAAACGGUAUUCAAGAAUGGGCGGGCGGCUCCAAGCGAAACGAUGUAUGCACCACUGGACUACAAGGAUGCUAUGUGUAGUGCUUUUAAUUCUACAAGCAGUUUCUAUGAACUGGUAUCUAAUGAGUAAUCUCUCAUAUACAUGGGCAGCAAUUUACGGCGCCGACGCCGUCGUCGUAGCUCUCUUUGUCAUAGCAUUUAUUAUGGCUUCUAGAAACAUUAAUGUAGAGAAACACAAUCAAGAACUGACAUUUUAUGAUGUACAACAUUUACCUCUGACAUAUAUAUCUUGGUUUGUGUAUACUGUCGUAAUGGAUAUAAAAAUUGCCGUCAUAUUUAGCACCUUUUCUACUGAUCUAGACGAGGCGUUUUUCUUUGGACCAAACACUUUGAAAACCACGAUUGCUCUGACGGGGAUAGUGUUCCUGUCAUAUUUACCUACAUUAAAUGAUGUUCAGCACGGACAUAGAAAAGAUAUCAUCAUUACGCUCACCUCAACAGUCGUUUUUGAUAUUCUUGACGGAGUCGACAAUUUAGAAAAUCUUUUUGAGAAAGAUGUACGCGACACUUACCCACCAGGUCUUGACGACGCCAUUAUUGCAGUUUGUUGUAUUAAUUUCCUGUUACCCACAGUUCCAUUGUUCACGCUCGCUAAAACGAAAUUUGGAAUAAAGAAACUGCCGUUUAAAUUAGAAAUGUUACAUAAAUUUGCCAUUGCGUACCUAGUGAAUCUGCCUUUGUUUGUGACACGUAUGAUCACAUGGCAUGGCAUGUCGCAAGGUAUUUCAAUUUUUCUCCUCAAAAACAUAAUGGCGAUGGGUGUUGUUACAUUUGAAGUGUGUGAAAAAUUGUUAUUCAAAAAGAAAGACAAGGAAGAAAAAGAAGUGAACGAUUCUCAUGAUGGCGCUGGUACCAGAUACCUUCAUAGCACGUCUUCAUUGUAACCUAUAUGUGUAUCUAAAUUCGUUGACUAUUGACGGUAUUAUUGACCAGUUGAACUUCAAACUAUCUAGGAUGUGCUUUUCUCAUAUUAUUGUUGUUGCUUGUAGAUAAUGGAUUACCGUAGUUCUGCACGUUCGGAUAAAAAUCUAAUAUGUAGAAUUUGGUCAAACUUUGACUUGUCAAAACAUCAUUACUUAGAAAAUACAAAAAAUAAAAAUUAUACGGUCAUGUGGACUGAUUUGAAUUUUUUUUACCUCACACACGUGACGAAUUUUCAUAGAUGGAGUAUAUAGGAAAAUCACAAUUUCGAAAACAUUUUCGCCAGUUGUAUUUUUAUUACAAAGUAGAUAAUAACCAAACUUGUCACAUUCUGAAAAACAGAUUAUCUGCAAUAUGCUGAAAUGAAAUGUAUAGGUCCGUGAGCUUGUUUUUUGAGAUACUUGCCCACUAUUAAGGAAACCCGCACAUUUCAAGCUGAUUUUAAGACAUUAUUUGGAAUUAUUUAACGCGUAAAACGUUUUAACAUCAUAUUUUAACUUUAUAUAGUAACAUUACCUUUGUAAUAAAUUUACCCGCAGAAUGCCAUUAAUUCAUAAAAUGAUUUUAAUCUCCGUAUGUUGAGUCCAGAUUUUAUUCUACGUUAUCCGGAUAAAUGACGGUACGCCAUAUCACUUCCGUUUUACCAAACGUGCAGAACAACCUUAAUUCGGACAUUCGUUUAGUAUACACAGAGUGCUUCUGAUAUGUUAUUAAACAUUAGAAUUUUUGCUUUCUGAAUAGAUAUUUGUUAAUUAUCAUGAUUAUGCCAGCUUCUUCUCUCCAAGAAGUAGAAAAGACAAUAAAAUUCGUCACUGACAAUGAAUUACUUGCGUCUGAGUGGCACAAGUUA